AUGGAUAUUCUAACGGCUAAGGUAGAUUUGCUGCAGGAUAAGCUGCAAGAGCUGAAGCAAACUAUGAAGACAACCAUAGAGAGUUCGCUGAAGGAAAACAACCAAGCCUCAAACGAAAGGCAUGUCAACCUUCAGAACCAGCUAGCUAAGCUUGAGAAGGACGUGACGGAACUAGGCGAGAAAUUACACUCCAAGUUAGAAACGGCAAUGCAUGGAAUGGAACAGUCUUUAAAGAAACAAGUGGUGCAGAGUGUGAAAACAAGUGAAGACGUAACGCAGGCCAUAUUGGUGGAUCUUGAAAGUCAAUUUAAUUCCAAGAUUGAAAAUUUAAAACACCAGAUCGAUCAAAAUAAAACAUACCAGGAAACGUCGCAAGUUAAGUUCGAGAAACUAGGGGAAUUCCAGAAAUUUCGCUCAGUGAGUUCGUGUCGGCAAGCUCUCAAUGUGUCAGGGAAAUACAUGAUCAAAAUUGGAGCAAAAUCAAUCCCAUUCGUGGUCUAUUGCGAACACGAUGAGUUCGAUGGAGGCUGGACAGUAAUCCAGCACAGGUUUGACGGUUCUGUCGAUUUUUACCGCGAUUGGGAUGCAUACCGUAACGGUUUCGGAAGUUUGGAUGGCGAAUUCUGGGUCGGGCUGGAAUACGUGCAUCAAAUGACGAAAAAUCGACCCCACGAACUGUUGGUGGAAAUCAAAGAUUUUCAUGGAAAUUACGGUUACGCUAAGUAUGGAGAGUUUGAGAUAGGGAACGAAACGGAGUUGUAUGUGUUGAAGAAGUUAGGAACAUACUCAGGGACAGCAGGAGAUGCGCUGCAAGCCAACAAAGAUCAUAAGUUUAGUACAUUCGAUCGUGACAACGAUCUAGAUAUUGGUAAUUGUGCUAAGGGUAUGCAUGGGGCUUGGUGGUACGAAUUGUGUACCGUUUCCAAUUUAAACGGGCGUUAUGAAAACACAACAAGUGAUAUUAGUGCCAUGUCGUGGGCCUAUUUUAAAAUGGACUGGCGCGGUCUGUCUUAUUCGCGAAUGAUGAUUCGCGAAAUUAUGAAACACGAUUCGUAA